UCUUGGAAUGACACCAGCGCGCUGGUAGCAGCAAGUUGGGCGCUAGGACAGAGCCUGUGCACCGGCCGGUUUGGCGCCGUCACGUCGCUCUUCUUCAUAACUCCGUUGCAUGGGAGUCUACAGCUGAGGACUACUGAUCCGGGUUUAGACACCACGGCAUUUCGCCCUCACACCUGGAAGCAUCUGCAUUCAGGGCAGGAGUACUUUGAAGUACAGGAGCCUCACCACCAUGUCCAGUGUGCAGAGGGUCGGCAGCCCGGCCAACCUCGCCGAGGCGAAGAGGAGCGAGCUGCGGAUGAAGGAGAAGAAGUGCUCGUGGGCAUCCUACAUGACCAACUCUCCCACGGUGAUCGUGAUGAUCGGCCUUCCUGCCAGAGGGAAGACCUACAUGUCCAAGAAACUCACUCGCUACCUCAACUGGAUCGGUGUCCCCACCAAAGUGUUUAACCUGGGCGUGUACCGGAGGGAGGCGGUCAGGGCAUACAAGUCCUACGACUUCUUCCGCCAUGACAACCAGGAAGCCAUGAAAAUCAGGAAACAGUGUGCCCUGGUCGCCCUGCAGGAUGUGAGGGCGUAUCUGACAGACGAAGGAGGACAGAUCGCUGUGUUCGACGCAACAAAUACGACGAGGGAGAGACGAGACCUCAUUCUCGCUUUUGUCCAAGAAAAUGCAUUUAAGGUGUUUUUUGUGGAGUCAGAGUGUGACGACCCAGAAGUCAUUGCUGCCAACAUUCUGGAGGUAAAGGUUUCAAGCCCUGACUACCCGGAGAGACACAGAGAGCGAGUGAUGGACGACUUUCUGAAGAGAAUCGAGUGUUACAAGGUCACCUACCAACCGCUAGACCCUGACCAAUAUGACAAGGACCUGUCCUUCAUCAAGGUGAUGAACGUGGGCGUGAGGUUCCUGGUGAACCGGGUCCAGGACUACAUCCAGAGCAAGAUCGUGUACUACCUCAUGAACAUCCACGUGCACUCCCACUCCAUCUACCUGUGUCGCCAUGGCGAGAGCAACCACAACGUAGAGGGCCGCAUUGGGGGGGACUCCGAGCUGUCCCACCGCGGUAGACUGUUCUCCCAGGCUCUGCGGAGCUUCAUCGAGCAGCACCAGCUGUGGGACCUGAAGGUGUGGACCAGCCAGUUGAGGAGGACCAUCCAGACGGCCGAGGAGCUCGCUGUGCCCUACGAGCAGUGGAAGAUCCUCAACGAGAUCGAUGCUGGGGUGUGUGAGGAGAUGAGCUACGAGAUGAUCCAGGCCUCCUUCCCGGAGGAGUUUGCUCUACGGGACCACGACAAAUACCACUACCGUUACCCCGGGGGAGAGUCCUACCAGGACCUGGUCCAGAGGUUGGAGCCGGUGAUCAUGGAGCUGGAGCGCCAGGGCAACGUGCUGGUGGUCUGCCACCAGGCCGUCAUGAGGUGUCUGCUGGCCUACUUCCUGGACAAGAGUGCAGAGGACCUUCCCUACAUGAAAUGUCCUCUCCACACCGUCCUAAAGCUCACCCCCGUUGCAUACGGUUGCAAAGUGGAAAUGUUUUCCCUUAAUGUGGAGGCAGUGAACACGCACCGGGACAGACCUCUUUGUGUCCCGGUCUCCCCGCAGGCCAACGAUCCCAGGGACACCGUUCCCAUCCUGAGACGCAAUAGUUACACGCCCCUGGCCAGUCACGACCAGGUCAAACGGCCCCGGCUGUACAGCGCCGGGAACAGGCCCUGGCUGCCCUCCGCCCCCACCCCCUCUGCUCUCAUGCCGGAGGGACAGCAGAGCCAACCUUGGAUAGGUGUCAAGUGUCUGACUGCCUGUGUGAAGGAAUCGACUCGGACAGCCCAGAAGAGGCUAGUGACAGUGUCGAGUUCUGAGUGACCAUGGCACCCAAGACUCCCAAGCAAACGAUGCAUCACAUCAACGUAACCUGCUGCCUUGUCUAUGCUCGCGCACAAUUUAUUCACACGCCGUAACAAACAAAAUCUUCAGAACACAUUCAUUGCAAAAUGUAUUUCUGCCUAUCCGAUUUUUUAUUUGUGUUUUCGAUUAGGUAUGUUGAUCAAUUAAUUCUAAAAAACUUUAGAAUUAAUCGAAUCGAAAAAAUAUAAACGUAUCCUCAUAUUAAUUGCCUUUGAUAUGAUUUCAAAAUAAUAUCUUGGCUCAAAACUGAGCAUGUGUAAUAAAUGAGGUUCGACGGUUACAUUAAAGUCCCUGCAUCCCGGGACCGGGGAAUCCAACCAAAGCCAACGGCUGUAAGCUUCUCCUGCAUGCGUGCCAAUACAAGGUCAUUGAACCAGUGAGAUGUAGCAGAGCUAGCACAUAGUAGUGUCUCAUUCUGCCUUACGGCUAUACGCUGCAUGCUACCAUAGCAUCCUCUUAGCACAAUUAUGUACAAUUACUUAACCCAGUUCACCAACUGUUAUUUCAAGAUGUGUGAUUGUAUAAAUAUAAAAAGAAGUUAAUGUGGAUGCAUUUAUUUGAUGUGUGGUUAUCUGAUGUGGCCGAGGUUGGACACAUCAAUGAUAACUGGUUUUGAGGUAAAUCUUGGUCAAUCACAAAGUUGAUAUUUAUGAUAUUUUUGACGGUAUGAGGUAUUUUUGAAAUGGGGGAAAAUGGAAAACAAAGGAUUUAAACCACGUUCUCAGAGUUUGUAAAGGUUUAAGAGCGAUGUGAUAGGUCUAUGGCAUUGUAAUAUACAAUAUAGUAAAUAAAAUGAAUAAAGUCCUGCUCUAAG